AUGGCCGCCUCGCUCACACUGUCCUGGGGGCUGUGGCUCGCCGUCCUCGCCACCACGUGCCGCGGAGACUACAUCUCUCGAGACUACCAGCUUUACAACAGCGGAGACCUGGGCAACCGCCCCAGCCUAAGGUUCUUCUCCAGCGACGAGUUCUCUCCUGUCCUGCAAGUGAACAUUUGGAACAAGACCGGCAUCUCCGGCAAGGGGUCACACAUCUUCCUCCGACACGACGGGGUGCCGGCGUCGCCCCUGGCGUCGCCCCUGAUCCUCGAUGCUCAGGACCUGACCACGGUCUUUGUGAGCCGCAACUACGAAAACGUCUUUGGCACCCGCGUCCAGGAGAACCUCGGCAAGAGCUAUCUCACCUUCUGGGCGGGCAGGAAGGGCUACGGCCUCGGGGAUGGCUUCGGGCUCGUCUUCGACGACACCUACCGCCUGGCCUACAACGUCUCUGCCCAAGGCAUAGCUCUGCACAGCGACCUGCAUGAGUUUGCGCUGACCGGUCAUGGCACCGCCCUAGUCACCGGCGUCGACGAGGUCCUCGCCGACACGUCCGGCUGGGACGGCUGGCAAGGCCCCGCCGCCUUCCCCGUGCUCAACGCGCUCUUCCAGGAGAUCGACCUCGAGACGAACGAGGUGCUCUUCAGCUGGCAGGCCCUUGACCACAUCAGUCCCAUGGACUCGUUCGAGACAGUGGCCAAGGACUGGGACGCCUUCCACCUCAACAGCGUCGAGAAGACCCAGACGGGCAACUACCUCAUCUCCAUCCGCCAUACAAACUCCAUCAUGCUGAUCGACGGGAGGACGGGCCAUAUCAUCUGGACGCUCGGCGGGAAACGCAAUGACUUCGUCGAACUCGACCCGGCGGGUGGCACGGGAUCUCCCAGCCCGGUGCUCAGCAUGGGCUGGCAACACCACGCCCGCUUCGUCCCCGGCAGCAACGAGACGGAGAUGACCCUCUUCGACAACCACGUCAAGACAACCAGCCACGGGAGGUGCCGGUCGGCCUGCUCGCGCGGCCUGCACAUCGCCAUCGAGGCCACGUCAUGGCCCCCUACCGUGCAGCUCCUGCACGAGUACCUUCACCCGUCGCGGCUGCAGGCCCAGAGCCAGGGCAGCGUCCAGCCGCUCCCAGCCGCGGGCGCGGGCGCGGGCGCGGGCGCGGGCAAGUUGGGAAAUGUGUUUAUCGGCUGGGGCCGGUGCCCGUCCUUCACAGAACACACGGCAUCUGGCGAGCCGGUCAUGGAUGUGCAGUUCUCGCCGUGGCACGGGGAAGAGACGCCGGACGCGCUGGACAACUACAGAGCCUACAAGAUGGACUGGGUGGCGUUGCCGUGGUGGGACCCGGCGCUCGCGGUGAGGCAGGCCCGGGGCGGCAACGUCAGCGUCUACGUCAGCUGGAACGGAGCGACCGAGGUGCGCGGGUGGGUUGUGCGCGGCGGGACGGGCGUUGAGCUGGCGAGGUCCCCGCGCACCGGCUUCGAGACGAGGCUGGUUGUGAACGGCACGGGCCUGGACCGGGUGUGGGCCGAGGCACUGGACAGAGAAGGGGCGGUGAUGCGGUCGACGCGGGUUCUAGACCUGGCCCACGGGAACGUGACCAUGAUGGCGGACAGCACGGAGCCCGACUGGACAUUUCCCGAGCCGCGCAGGAGGGCAGGCAUACCCAAGGGGACGUGGGCCGUGGCGAGCAUGCUGGGGGCUGUGUUGACGGCGAUGGGUGUCUUGAUGGUCCGGCGGCGGCGAAGGGGCUACGGCCGGCUGGGGGAUGACGGCUGCUCGGACCUGGACCUGGACUCGGACACGGACCUGGACUCGGAGUAUGGGCUGGACCACUUCAGCAACGAGCUGCCCGCCGAGCCCUGGCACGAGUACUCGCCGAGGUUUGGUGGAUCGGGUUGA